UGAACGCGAAUCCUAGAAGCUCGCGGCGGUAUCCCCAAUGGUUCGCCAUUGGCAGUGAGGACUCUCAAUACAGUACCGUUUAAUACCUUGAAUCGCAUCGAAUCCCUCGGGAGGAUCGUGUGACGAAAAAAUAUUGUUGUUUUUUCAGGCCUUGUGGUUUGGAUGAAAGGAGAAAAAAUCUCAGUAAAAGUGUAUACCGAGUUAAACAAGUGACUUAAGCUUCUUAGUGAUCGGGAGGAAAGGAGCGUAUACACGAACUUUGUUUUCCUGUUUUUCGUCUCGUGGCGAUGAAGAUUUAAGAGAACAACAUAUUUUUUUACAACAAUCAACCGACGACGACGAUGCUGAGACGACUGAGAAGCUGAGAACGGGAUGAAAUUAUUGCCUAGAAGUUAAGCAUUAUUUUGUGUUUUCUUCGUCAACGAUACCAGUGGAAGCAGACGACGGCUCUGGAAGACUUUUCCUUCGGACGUACUUUUUUUCUUCGCGUUUCACUCGGAUUAACGAGAGAUGGAAGGGAAGCAAAAUUAAUUCAAAGCCCUUCAAAGGAAAAGUGCAAAGCAGCUGCUGUUUGAUCCGCGCAUCAACUACCCAAUGGGUCACAAAUUGGCUACAUCCUGGUCGAUUAUUACUUCCGAAAAACAAGCAAGAUACAGAGACUGAAGCUUUCCGAGACAUCCUAACGGGACGUCCAUUAAAACCAGCCGGGAGAACCCCGCUUCGAGUAUGCUUGGAUCGGCAUCGCGGCCAUGGUACGCGACCACAGCAACUACGACGACGACGACGACAAGCGGCUUAAUGAAAGCAAAUUUAUUCAUAGCCAUCAACCGAAUCAUCUUCAGUUCUUUCAGCAGUGCCGUAUUCGGGAUUGGGACCUCAUUUUUUUGGGCUGCGACGCCAAACACCGGCUCCGGCAGCUCCAGCAUCCUGGUGGACUGUGCCAUCCGGCUGACGCAACGUAACAACCAUGGGAACAUUUCCGAAUUAUUGGAUAAUUUAUUGCGGGGUUAUGAUAAUAGCAUACGGCCGGAUUUUGGCGGGCCACCGGCUGUGAUUGAAGUCGACAUCAUGGUGCGAAGCAUGGGACCGAUCUCGGAGGUGGAUAUGACUUACUCAAUGGAUUGCUAUUUCCGUCAGUCAUGGGUAGACCGACGGUUAGCCUUCAGUGGGGCCCAGGACACGCUAGCACUCAGCAUUUCCAUGCUUGGGCGCAUUUGGAAACCGGAUACCUACUUCUACAACGGCAAGCAAAGCUACCUGCACACAAUCACCACGCCUAAUAAAUUUGUGCGGCUUUACCAGGAUGGUCGUGUGCUUUACUCCAGCCGGCUAACCAUUAAGGCGGGCUGUCCGAUGAACUUGGAGGACUUCCCGAUGGACAUCCAGCGCUGCCCACUGAAGUUCGGAUCAUUUGGCUACACUUCGGCGGACGUUUUGUAUCGUUGGAACAGCGGCCGUUCGGCGGUGGCCAUUGCCGAGGACAUGAAGCUGUCCCAGUUUGAUCUGGUGGACUGCCCGGCGGGCAACGUCACCGACCGUGUGGUCCACAGUACGGCCUCGGUGGGGGCGACAGUGCUUAACAACGUGGACGACAUCGACGGUUCGGAUCGGAACGCGAAGCUGUACGUUUCCGAAUAUUCUAUGCUCCUAGUCAGCUUCCAUCUUCAGCGCCAUAUGGGUAAUUUCCUGAUCCAGGUAUACGGUCCGUGUGUACUGCUAGUCGUUCUUUCUUGGGUUUCAUUCUGGCUGAAUCGUGAAGCUACAGCCGAUCGAGUAUCCCUAGGCAUCACGACGGUGCUAACCAUGACCUUCCUAGGGCUGGAAGCACGCACAGAUUUGCCGAAAGUUCCUUACCCCACCGCGCUGGACUUUUUCGUAUUUCUUUCGUUCGCCUUCAUUUUCGCAACGAUCAUUCAGUUCGCAAUUGUCCACUACUUCACCAAGUACGGCUCCGGCGAAUGUUACUUCAGCGCGGAUGAGUUGAACUCCAGUUCGGACGAAGAUAGCGAUUGGGACUGCGUCAGCAGUGAUAAUCUGCACUCAAUCAAAAUCUCCUCCUGCGCCUCAAAACGCUGCUCAGCUGUUACUUCAAUCUCCGGAACUGGUGGUACCGAUUCCAAGGUGGUCGAAGUUAUACCCCUCUCUGUUUGCUCAAUUCCAGUCACACCCCUCCGAAAAUCAUCGAAAACGUCCUGGGCCGACCUGUCGUGCUUCGGUGGAAACAACCAGGAACCACCAAUCCAGUACGCUAGCUCAUCGUUUUCCACCCCCGUACCAGCCCCGAAACGACUCUCACUACCGCUAGGCGGCUGUGGCGCAAGCCAAUCGCAGCCAAAUCACAACCAUCGCCGGAGACGAAGGAAGCGAACGCCCCGAUUCAACUCGGUCUCCAAAAUUGAUCGAGCCUCGAGGAUAUUCUUCCCGCUGCUGUUCCUCGCAAUCAAUGUUUUCUAUUGGUUUCUGUACCUGUCACGAAGUGAGCGAAUACCGCCCCAGCAUAAGAUCUAAAAUCGAGUAGCGCGUAAACCAUGUGUUCAUUGUGCAGAAUCUAAGCAAAAAAUGGCCAAAUUGCCGGGUUUGCUUCCUAUUGCCAAUACUGAUUUCAACAGGAACCACCAGAUGUGAAUCUAGAUUGUAAGUGCGGCGAGAUUAGAUGGAAUUAAUUGUUCAAAUAGAUGUUGUAAAGGGCAGCAGCGGCAGUCAAUAGCUCAAGAAUUGAAUAUUUAUUGAAAUAAAAAAAAAUAUACUGCUAACUGAAACUAUGGAAUAUAGCAAAAUAAUUCUCAAGUAGUGCUAGUGGGACCAUAUACGCUUAUUUGAUGAUAGUGGAUGCGAAAAAUCUCUGAGAAGGUAACCGGAGUAAUGAACAAUAAACGUAGCGAAUUUAUGUAUACUAAAAAUAAUGGAACCCACUGUAUGUUCAGUCCAAACCAAA